GGACAUGCAGAAAGAGUGUGGGAUGAUUGGGGGAGUUUUGGCCCUUGUUCUCGCACCUGUGGUGGAGGGGUCAAAGUCAGGAAGAAAACAGAGUUGUGGUAGUGCUCGAGAGGAACGUGAAUACAAGUCCUGUACUACACAAGAUUGUGAUGAGGACAGUAUGGACUUCAGAGCUAUACAGUGUCAGGAUUUUAAUAAUGUUCCUUUUCUGGGCAAAGUUUACCAAUGGAGACCUUACUAUGAUGGAGAGAAGAGAUGCAGUUUACUCUGUUCAGCAGUCAACACCAGUGUGUACCAUGAGUGGAGUGAUAAAGUGAUAGAUGGCACUAAGUGUGACAGUCUGUCAGAUGAUCAGUGUGUGGAUGGAGCUUGUCAGGCAGCUGGUUGUGACAACGUACUCGGAUCUCGAGCGAGACGAGAUGUAUGUGGUGUGUGUAACGGAGAUGGACAGUCGUAUAAACUCAUCCGAGGAUCAUUCACUAUUCCUCAGCUUUACUCAGGUUACAAUGAAGUUAUCACUUUACCAAAAGGAUCAACAUCAAUUUCACUAAAGGAGAUGAAAUUUAGUCCAAAUUAUUUAGUUUUGAAAAGUAGUGAUGAAACAGUCAUAUUAAGUGGGGAACAUUAUGAUGGCAAACCAGUUCUGAUGAAUAUUGGAGGAACCAGUUUAUUGUAUACACUGGAGGGAUCGGGCCAGAAUGUCGUGAAGAAACUUACAGGACAGGGACCCACUAAAGGCAGCAUUCAGAUCUAUAUGAUGGCUAAGGAAGAGAAGAAUCCUGGAGUGUGGUAUGAGUUAUACAUCCCUCUGUCUGGAAGAGAGCCUCGAUUUGAACCCAGAAGUUUACCCAUUAGUUACAGACAAAACCUACACCAGGGGCAGGCAGAAUUAAGAUCCAGUGGUAUUGGAGAAUCCACUCAAUCCAGCUUUUCUUGGAAUUUCGGCGGAUGGACGCAAUGCUCCACCAAAUGUGGAGAAGGUAUCAGGAAAAGGCUGGUGGUGUGCACUAACAGGCAGACGGGGGAGAGAAGUGACCUUGAGAAUUGUGACGCUUCUGGUCGACCUGCCGACACAGAGAAAUGUAUGGGAGACAACUGUGAUGAAACUUCUCAGGAUGAAAAAACUGUGGAAUGGAAGCUGGGUGACUGGGGGCCUUGCUCUUCCUCUUGUGAUAUUGGGGACCAGAAACAGUCUGUACAGUGUGUCUCAGGGGAUCCCAGGGGAGAGUCACUGACGGUAGAAGAUGCCCAGUGUAUUCAGCUGUACGGCCAGAAGCCUGAGUACAGGAGGUCAUGUAAUGAAAACGUUCCUUGUCCAUACUGGACUGCAAUGGAAUGGUCAUCUUGUAACAAGGCCUGUGGUAUGGGAGAACAGACUCGCAGUGUGCUGUGUAUCAGUAUAGACAACAGGAGGCUAGCAGAGAGUGCCUGUGAUCCUACAAAGAAGCCAACUCCCACCCGACCUUGUAUGGUCAAGCAGUGCCCUGAAGGUCCCUUAGAAAACUGUAGAAAUUCGCUGUUUGGCUGUUGUCCCGAUGGUAGGACACCUGCAAGAGGCCUGAAUUUGGAGGGAUGUGAAGGGACUUGCAAAGGAACAAGGUAUGGUUGCUGUCCAGACCAGAGAACCACAGCAAGAGGUCCAAAUGGAGAAGGAUGUGGAUCUGACUGUUCAAGAUCCAGAUAUGGAUGUUGUCCAAACAGUCAGAAUCCUGCUAGGGGACCCCAUGGAGAGGGUUGUUCUACUCCUUGUUCUAGGUAUAGAUAUGGGUGUUGUCCAGAUAACGUAACUGUAGCUAGGGGUCCUAAUGGUGAGGGCUGUCCCACUUCAUGUUCUGACAGUCAGUAUGGAUGCUGUCCAGAUGGGAAAACUGAGAAGAGAGGACCUAAUAAUGAAGGAUGCUCCAAUGAUUGUUCGAGAUAUCCAUACGGAUGCUGUUCUGAUAAUAUUACUCCAGCUAGAGGUCCGAAUG